CUUCAAAGUAGAGGUUGAAAAAUAGCGUGGUAAACACGCGGAAAAACCAAAGCGUGAACGGUUGUCGUAAAUCGCCAUUUUCUCUCAUUCCCAUCCUAAAAAUUCACUCGUUCGAGAUGUGUAUAUAAAUAAACAACAUCAUAAAAAGAUGGGAGGAAUUUUGAGUUCAUUUAGCAAAAGAAGUUGCAGCGAAGCAGAGACUAAGAUGGCGUUAGAGAAAGCUCAAAAUCUGGUUUCUUCAAAUCCUGUCAUGGUUUUCAGCAAGACAUACUGUGGAUUUUGCGAUAGGGUCAAGAAACUGCUCAAACAACUUGAUGCCAAUUUUCAGGUCAUGGAAUUGGACAAGGAAGCGGAUGGAGAUGCAAUCCAAGCAGCACUUCUGGAGUGGACAGGACAGAGAACUGUGCCGAAUGUCUUCAUUGGCGGAAAGCACAUUGGCGGUUGUGAUGCUGUUAUGGAGAAACACAACCAAGGGCAGCUCGUACCCAUGCUGAUCGAGGUUAAAGCAGUUAAUGCUGAGCAAAAGGCUUAGGAAGUUCUAUGCUGGAGCAUGAGAAGACAAAAAUGCUGUAAAUUUUAAGGUUUCUAAUGUUAAUAAUGGUGUAGUGUAAAAUAUUCUGAACCCCCGUUUAGAAAUUGUGCAAGAGACAUGGAAGUAUGAUAGUUGUUGAACUUUUGAAGAGAUUAACAACUUGGAAUAAAUGCUAUCUCCGUUAUUAAGUA